GGGUACAAACCGUCUGAUUGGUUAAUUGGCUGCCGGUGUGGUCGGUUGCUAGGCGCGGCAGAGACAACGGAGAGGAAAAGUUAUUUUAGCAUCCAUCUAAUGGAUGAUUUCUGAUUUUUAACCGUUUAUGUCCUUUAAAAAAAAAAGAAGAAAAGAAGUAAUGUGUCACAUUUAGUUUAAAAUAUUAGCAACAGUUCCCCUAACGCCGGGAUAGCGUCUUUUUUGUAUGUUACUACAUUUACGUCGAUUGAAUUCAGAAAUGGGUCGAUUCAAAUGUCAAGAGAGCCUCCGUCGUGGAUUGGUUAAAAAGCAGGAUACACCUGUAAAAAUGGCACCCAGCGCACGAAGCGGUGUUGUGGUGCGCAAGAGACUUCUGACCAACAAGCGUUAUGAAGCAUUUCCAGAAGAACCUGAAGUAGAGCAGAUUGAUGUCCUCAAUGUCAAACCAAGCAACCCAGUGUUGACUAGACCUGUCAACUGCAAAUUGAUGAGGAGCCCUGCAUUUCCUAAAAGCCCCAGAGGCAAAGCCAUCCUCCCUGCCGGACUAGCUAAUAAAAGACCAUGUCCCCACGUGUCACCAGCAGGUCACCCAACCGAUCAGCUGACUCCUGACUCAGAGGGUUUUAAAGGUGGUGAAGAAGAGCAAACCGUUACAGGGAUUCUGGAAACAUCAUUUAGCAUGGAGUCAGAUAUAACUUCCGGCACUGAUGAUGAUGAUGAUGAUGAUGAGGAAGACUGUUACUCUUCUACAGCUUCCAGUAGUCUCCCCUCCCCGGAGAUCUUUAGAAAAGAAAGCAAUGUGAAAAUCAAAAACUCAACCUUGCUGGAUGUGAGCCACGCUGAGAACAUUGACAUGCAUCAUCCCUCCAAACUUGCCAUUGAUAUCUCUGUGAUUCUUCCCGAAAACAACUCUGAGAUCAAGGAACCUGAGGCUGAAACCAAAAGACAUGCAGACUCAUUUAAAUCAGACAAACCUGUUGUCAAGUUGAAAACCCCACCAAAAGUAAGAAAACCUAUUUUGUACAAGAAGAAGGUAUGGUUCAAAAGCCCCAUGAUUGCAGAGACCAAAGUAAAACACAUCCUAACCGUCAAAUUACCAGUUCACAACACUUGUAAGCCAGUACAAACAUCCAGCCCGGCUGAGCAGGUGAAACCUGGCACAGACGCAUCCAGAGCAAGAGAGAUCAAUUCUAAAGAAAAACCAUUACAAAAAAGAUGCCAGGAGACAGCCAAGUUCUUUGACUUUACUGACGACCACGAAGAGGAGUUAUUCUUUCAGAAAAUGAGAGAAAGGCAUGUUAAACUCACAAAUGCUCCUUUAUUUCCUCUCCCAGCUGUUUAAUCCCAAGAGCUUUCUGUUUUAUGACAUCUGACAAUUUGCCAAAAUAUUGCACUCAAUUUGGGCUUUCUCCUAUAAACUUGAUCAGAGAUGUCUAUGUAUGUGAAUAUGUGAAAUGUAAAGGAGUAGUCUAUGUAUAUGUACACUCCAAAACAAGAUGUCAGGACUGGCGUAACAGUAUAGACAGUGUGUUAUAUUACUAAGAGAAUAAUUCAAAAGAAUAACUGAAAAUUGAGAAUAAUUCAAAGGUGUCUGCAUGUAUGCAAACAUUGUGUAAGUGACCUUUCAUCUUCUGUUAACCUGGCCCUUAUUAAGUGCUUUUGAGCCACCCGAUUAGUCCUUUUAAUACGUUUCUAUGGAAAAAAGCACUGUUUGAUUUACUAUCAAUAAAUAAAUAAAUGUAAACAAGCAUCUGGUGCAAAAUGGCCACUAGAUGUCAGAGCUGUAUUUUCCUUAAACACCUUUUCUCCUCUUCUGUUCGCUUUUCAGUUUUUAUGUGUAUAUUUUCAUAUUUACUCUUUUGAAAUGUGUCAAUGCCAUAACAGGUUAAUCCACAUGUCUAAUGUAAGAUAAAAAUAAAGUAAAAAUGUUUAUUUUAGGCACCAUAUUUGUGGUUUUCUUUAUUUGUGAGUUAUGUCUUUCUGCAAAUGUACGCGUCUGAGCGUCAGAAAAAAAGUGUUCAAAAUAAACGAAUGUUCAACCAAUGCAUAAGUCAUUGCUUUUCUC